AUGUCCAGUGGGUUGCUCAUUCUUUGGAAGGAAGAUUCGUUAGAGGUGAUUUCUAGUUUCAAAGAAGAUGGUUUCUUGGGGAUAAAAGUUUUAUGGAAGGAAUACUACUACUAUAUUAUCAAUGUUUACUCAUCGUGCGCUUUGAAUAAAAAGAUUGAUAUGUGGGCCAAGUUGUUGGAUUUGAAGGAGAAUUUUAAUGAUGGGGAGUGGAUCAUUGGAGGAGAUUACAAUGCUAUAAAACAUCAAAGAAAGGGUAGUUCUUAUAAUGUCAACGCGAACGAAAUUAAUCCCUUUGCGGAUUUUAUUGUUAAAAGCAAUUUGGUGGACAUUUCGUGCAAAGGGGAAAAAAUUUCUUGGUAUAAUGGAGAUGGCUUAUCUAUGAGUCGUAUUGAUAGAUUUCUUGUCUCGGAUAACAUUGUGAAUAGAUGGGGUGUUGUUGGUCAAUUAAUUAGCCAAAGGGAUAUUUCAGACCAUUGUCCUAUUUGGUUAGUUAUGGACAAUAAUAAUUGGGGGCCUAAACCGUUCAAAUUCACUAAUGAAUGGUUUUCUUAUAACUCCUUCAUUCCUUUCGUGGAGAAGGAGUGGAAUGAGAUUAAGGUGGAAGGUAGAGGAGAUUUUGUCUUAAAGGAAAAACUCAAGUUGCUAAAGUCUAGAUUGAAAUGGUGGAAUAAAGUGGUUUUUGGAAAGAUAUAUUUGGAGGUGGAGGAAAAGGUGAGGGAAAUAAAUUAUGGGGAUGAUUGUUUGGAAGACAUAUUAGAUGGUAAUCAUUCCGAUUUACUUCUUAAUAGGAAGGAAGAGACAAGAUCUUUUUGGUUGAAUUUGAGGAUAAAGGAGAAUAUCUCAGCUCAAAGAUCAAAAGUUAAAUGGCUAAAGGAAGGGGAUUGUAAUAGUGGUUAUUUUCAUAAGGUUUUGAAGGAAAGAAGAAUUCAUAAUCAUAUUGGACCGAUCUCUUCUUCGGGUUCUAUUAUCGAGUCGGUAGCGGAGGUUAAAGAGGAGGUUCAGAGUCAUUUUGCUAACAAGUUUGUGGAGGUGGAUAGAGUGAGGAUAGGGUUGGAGGGUAGUUUCUUGAAUCAAAUUAGCAAGGAGGAGAGAUUGGCGCUUGAAUUUCCUUUUCUUGAAGAUGAGAUUAAAGAGGCCAUUUGGAAUUGCGGUUGUAUGUAUAAGGCGAUUGCCAAGCUUUUGGCGGGUAGAUUGAAAAAAGUCUUACAUUCCGUGGUUUCCUCGUGCCAAAGUGCUUUUGUGCCAGGAAGACAACUUCUUGAUGGAGUUUUAGUGGCUAAUGAGGUGGUUGAUUUUGCUAAAAAGGGAGGCCGAAAUUGUCUUCUUUUCAAAGUGGAUUUUGAGAAGGCUUAUGACAAGGUGAAUUAG